AUGGCGUCCGGCAGGAGCUCUUCCCCUCCUCCCGUCGUCGAUGGCAACUCCAAGCGCACCACAGGGCUUGCGAGGAAGCUGACCUGUUCUGAGAUCUCAAUAGUCGCGGCGGCCACGGUGCUCAUCCUUGCCAUUCAGGUUGCACUAACCCUCACGGCUGUUGAUGAUUGGGGGGCCGACACACGAGAGGCGAUGAUUCAGCUCGAGCAGGCGAAUCUACUCAAGCUUGUGGCAGCGAAAGCCGAGUUUGUGUCUGAGCACUUCGGAAGGGUCGAGGAGAGCACUUUGCAGCUGCAAGCGUUUGCGGGGCAGGCUAUUUUGGCCGUUCCAGAGACGAUGACGGUCGACUCGUACUUGACCAGCUAUUCGGGACUUCUUCAAUCUGACACCACCUUCGACCAUAGCGUUUGGUUCAUCCCGGAGUUCGCUGCGGGUGUGGUGCCCGAGGCCGGCGGGUCCCUGGAAAGCCUGCUCAACCGCUCGUCGCUCAUGGACGUUCCCUUUCGGGGAAUGCAGCGGCAGCACCCCCUUGUGUACCUCGCAGCCUUGGACGAUCCAUCCCCCGCCGCUGGCAUGAUAUCGGAUAUCAACUUCCAGGCUUACGCCGGGUUCAACAUGACUAGUUACCUUGAAUGGGGCGUGGAUGGGGUAUGCGACAGCUGGGAUGAAACCACCUACACCGGGGACCCCUUCGAGCCGCGAUGCAGACUGUGGUACCAAGACGCCAUCGAGAUCGGCAACACCGGGGUCAUCUUCACCAACCCUUACGUGGACGCCGACUCGGAGAAGCUCACCAUGACUGCCGCCGCGCCGGUCUUCAACACGGCCGGCACCGUGGCGGCAGUGGUUGGGUUGGACGUCGACGCCGGAGACAUCGAGAGCUCCAUCAAGGACCUCACGGUCAUCGACGACGACGGUUAUGCCUACCUGCUGGCCCCGGGCGGGGACGGGCAGGUGGCCGUUCACAGGGACUUGUUGGACUACGGCGGCGUGAACUACAUCCUGGACUUGGAGUUCGGAGACGGCGCCGACGAAAACGGCGAGGAGGAAUCACAGUUUCUUGAUCUUGUCACCGAGAUCUCCACCACCUGCUCCGGCUCCGCUGAGUACUCGAGGGAUGGGAGCACGUGGAUCCUGGCCUGGAAGCACGAGACCGUGAGCGGCGCCGGCGCGUCUACUGCCAGCGACAGCUGCGGCGACGGUGGCUUCAUCGCCGUGGUGACGGUCAGCGAGUCGGUUCUGUUGGAGGCCUUCUCCGAGACGAAAUCACAGAUUUCCCGGGUGGAACUCUUCGCGAGCCUCAUCAUGGCCCUGGUGCUGGUCGUAGUCGCGUGCAUCAUGGGUGUCACUGCUCGAGCCGUGGCUUGCGGGAUCGUGAUACCGGUCAACCAACUUACCGACAUCGUGCACUCACUCAACAGGAUGGAUUUCUCGCGGCAGUUUGCCAACAUGACCCUGGCCACAGGGGACAUGGUCGCGGCGAAGGUAAUCUACGUGGCCGCCCUGGCCCUCUUCACGAAGCUGAGAAACGACCGUGGAGUCGGCAUCGUGAACAACAACCUCGGCAACUUGUACGCGCUGCAGGCCGGACAGUUCGUGGCCAAGGCAAGGGACGCAGAAAAUCCGGACCAAGCCAAGGCCCUCAGGGAAGCGGCGCAGGGCAGUUUUGCCGACGCCGUCGCAAACUACGAGCUCGCCAUCAACGACGCCGAGAUGCUUUGCGCAGCCACCAACCAGCAACCGAAUGACGCUUCACCGCUGCACCGGAGCGCCCACCACGGCGGUCUUAAGGGUGUGGACGAGACCAAGUGCGAGGAAGGCGUUAAGACUGAAGGUGCCGCACGGGCGGAUGUCGACAAAAACUACGACGACGAGAACAUGUCGCACGCCGCUCUUUGUCGGCAGCUCGCUAACCGCAAGUACAACCUCGCCCUGUGCCUCGCAGCAAAGGGCAAGAGCGCCGUCGCCACGGGGGGACAACCCGACCUGAAAACCAUCGACGAGGCCAGGAAUCUGAUGCAGCAGUGCAUCCAGCUAGCCCCCGCGCGGCAACACAACGGCGGAAACCCCAACAACGGCGACACGAAGACCGACCUGCGGCGUUUUGGAUACCUCCUACAAGUGUCUGCCCUGGAGCGAGAGCAGCCAGGUAGAUCUCGGGAGGCAGGGGAAGCACUGGAUGCGGCCGAGCUGGUGAUCGUGCCCUACGAGAGGCACUACCCGGACGGGGCGGGGGCGGCGACGGCCACGCCGCUGGAAACACCAGUGCAGAUCCUCCGCCAGAGGCUGUUGGAAGCGCGCGCCGCCCACUGCGUAGCAAGCGGCUACCACGAGGCGGCAAUCGAUCACUACACGCAAGCCUUGAUUGGGACGGGAGACCUGAUUGACCCCAGCGUUGCCUGGGCAUCACUCCUGGGACUCCGCGGUCUCGCCUCUGACGGCAACUACGGCCGCCUCUUCUCCCCCGACCUGCUGGUAGCGUUGGGCGUGCAUUCUGACGCUGGCGCCGACCCCGAGAGCUUGACCUCGGCGAUCGACCACGGUCUGGACAGGGUAAAACGUAUCCAACCAAGCAUGGCAGCGGCUCAACACUAUCCUAGGGAGGCCAAAGUAGAUUUAUGCUUCGUGAUGGACUGCACAGGAUCGAUGCAACGCUGGAUCGACCAGGCCAAGACCAAGUUGCUGGACAUCAUCGACCAGGCCAAAAAGGAUGUCAAGAAUAUCAGCCUGCGGGUUGCCUUCGUUGGGUAUCGCGACUUCGGAGACAAAGUGCAGUACGAGUCGUUCGACUUCCAUGAAGAAAAAGAGCUUUCCAAGCUUCUCGCCGCGCUCAACAAAAUUAUGGCCUACGGAGGCAAAGACUUCCCAGAGGACCUUGCCGGAGGGCUGAAGCUCGCGACGGAGCUGGACUGGAGGGGCAACAUCCGCCUUUGCAUCCUCCUCGCCGACGCGCCGUGCCACGGUUCGAUAUACCACAUCGGGGUCGGGGACAGGUACCCGAACGGCUGUCCGAACGGAAACGACCCAUCCAAGCUGCUCUACGAACUGCAGUACGAAAUCGGUGCCGACUUCUACUUCAUCCGUAUGACCCAACACACGGACAAGAUGAUCCAGGUGCUGCGGAAGAAGGCGGGGGAUACGUUUGCGGACGCCGGGGCUCACAGUCUUGCCGGGAACGGGGGCAGGGCUGCCACAAAACGUGACAUUGUGGUGCACGAUCUUGGUUCGGAGGACAAUCGCUUCCUGGAGGUAGUUGUGGAAAGCGUCAAGGUCAGCGUGCAACAACAGUAUCAAUUCGAGAACUACUAGUCUACAUCAAUCCCGGACACGGAAGAGGAAGGGAGGGGUUGGAUGUUAUCCAUCGCGUGGGACCUUGUGAUUGAUGCCGCCGGAAUAGACGUCUCGCCAGACAAAGGUAGCCUGAGGAGAAAAUAUCAGGCUGCGCCGGUUUGAUUUUUUCGAUCUUGCUCUCUCGUUUCGGCUCGAAAACGCAGCCCCCUCCAUGUGCGUGAAGGCUGAAGAUAUUAGGGGCUGUGGGGGGGAGGGAGGAUUUCUAAGAGAGGAAUGUCAAUAGUUCAUGUUGACACAGCAUUCAAGUAUUAUUAGUGGUAAGGGCUAGUUGAUGCAGUGCUAGUGUCUUCAAUUCGCAUAGUCUACUUCUAUAUUUGUUGUUUCGGUUGGGUGAUCCGCCAACUAAUUGCGUAUCUUUACGAGCUACAACACCUCGGUUAGCGUAAUAGGUCAGCCUGGUUAGGUUGUACGUUAGGUUGUCCAGCACGUGUGUACCGGUGUGUACAAAGGUAGUCCAGCGAGUGAAACGGGGGCGAAACGGGUUCGUCGCAAAUUGUGCAAGUACAUUUUAGGGUUCCAUCUUUUUUGGUCAACUGUAUAUUGCCGUAUUGUUGAAAGCAAGCCGACGAAUAUCGUCGGCGUUGCUAGUCCCAAGCUUUAUAUUUUUAUUUUAGUCGCGUGUUGCGCGUGUGCUGACACCACGAACGGGAAGGACCUUAAUUAGCCGACACACUACGCAAUAAUGGUCGUGAUGGACGCGGGUACGCAAUAAAAAAACAACACAUACAUCCG